AUGUUGAGUCUUCCGGAGUUGGCGAGCAUUGCUCACAAGCUCCUCGUUCCCUUUAGCAUUGCUUUCAUCUUCACAAUCUCUGUUUGCACUAUCAUCUGCUCUGUAGAUCUUUCCAUACUCCUCCCCUCCAUUCUGCGCCCACAGAAAGGCCUGGCACUGCCGUCCCUCAAUCAAUCACGGUGGAUGCAGGCACGUUGCUGGAAGGAUAAUGCCGCCAGUCUGGUUCAACAAGCGUACAUAAAGAUUGUUUGCUCCGAUGCUGUGUUGACAGUGUUUUUGCUGCAGUUUCCCGGCAAAGUCUUCCAAGUUUUUGAUCCCGACGGCCCUCAAGUCUUUAUCCCCCCUAACCUGAUGGACGAAAUCGAGGCCUUUCCCGACAACGUUCUCUCCAUAUCCGACGGUGUUAAGGAGUUGUUCCAGACCGAGCAUACCAUGUUUCCUGACCCUGGAAACCAGGAAUGGAUUACAUGGACAAAACAAAAUCUUGACAAGAAUGUUGCAAAGUACUCAGCAAUUGUGAAGCAGGAGCUUUCAGGAUUGUUUCCUUGGCAGUUCCAAAGGUAUGGCGGUUGGCAACCAAUUCAAGCUCAUCCUAAGCUUGUCCAGAUAGUCGCCGCAAUCGCUUCCCGAAUCUUCCUUGGUCAUCCUAUCGGCACCAAAGAAGGCCAACCAAGCCGAAAGAACCCGGAAUGGAUCAUGGCAACAAUCACCUACCCCCGAGACCUCUUCAUCGCAAUCUAUUUCCUCAACUUCUGGCCUCGCUGGCUCCGGUCGGUUGCCAAGUACAUGAUCCCACACAUGUGGGUUUCCUGGAUGCACGCCGGUUUAGCUGCACGAGUUGUUGAGGAGGCGCUUCAACACCCUGCAAAUGGAGACGCGGCCCAUGGGGUCUAUGAAAUGCUAUCCGAGGAAAAGAAAAAUGAUUAUCUGUCUCAAGGAAGAGCGCAACUCGGAUUUGCCAUGGCGGGAAUGCAUACUACUAUUCGAGUCAUCUCUCAGGCUCUCUUCGACCUUGCUGAACACCCUGAAUACAUCCCCAUGCUGCGAGAAGAGAUCAAGAAAGUUUGGGGCCCUAGGGACGCUUACAAAGAACCUAUUAUGGAACAAUUCGCUUCGCUCAAGAAGUUGGAUAGCUUUAUGAAGGAGUCGAUGCGUUUGCACGGUGGUGUCAGUGAGUCUAUGCUUCCUUCCCCUUUAUCCUCCUUCCAGAAUCAAACACUGACAAAUGAGAAAGCAUCCUUCCGCCGCAAAGUCCUCCAGCCCAUCACCCUCUCUGACGGCACCUUUCUGCCUCCAGGGACCUCCGUCUAUUUUCCAACCCACGCUCUCUCCCACGACCCCUCAAUCUUCCCCGACCCUGACAAAUUUGACGGCCUCCGUUUCUACAAGUUGAGACAGCGCUCCCAGGCAGAUGCGAAUAAACACCAGUUUACGGCCAUCGAUAAUCAUGCUACGUACUUCGGCGCGGGAAGACAUGCAUGCCCUGGCAGAACGUUUGCAGGUGUGUUAGCGAAGUGGAUCUUGAUUGCGCUGGUGACGAGAUAUGAUUUCAAGAUCAUCGAGGGAGAUAGCACGCCGAGGGAUUUCCAGUUUUCGGGGCUUUUACUCGUGAACACGAAGAAGAUGAUUAUGAUCCGGGAUCGAGUUGUUGUUUGA